AUGGUUUCCGCUGCGAGCCACCCCAGUGUUGCACUCUGCUUUGGCGCCAGUGGCCUAUAUGCUGCCUGCCUUACUGCUGCAGGUUUCGGCCUCAACCAUGGAGCCUGUGCAGGGGCACAAUCUGGCCCACUCAUUGGAUGGCUCUCCGCCAGCCUGGCCGCUGCUGCGAAUGUUCGGGCCCACUUAUGGCCCUGCUGCAGCCUCGGGGUCUUGAGCGCCACCAGGUUCAGUGCUGGUGUGGGCUCCCAGGGCGGUUUUCGGGCUGAGCCGGCCGGCAACAGGAUCUUCCUGCCACUCCGGGGCGCAUGCGCGGCGCAGAAGGGAUUGUCGCCCGACGAAUGCCUUGCCACCGGGGCGCUCUCGGCCGGCGCCGACCCGACGGCGGUAGCGGCGGCUGUGGCGGCGCUUCCGAGCUGCCCGCACUUAGUAAACACGGGCACCCCGGGCUACCCAGCAGCGCCCGGCAGCGCAGGCUCGGCAGAGCAGUGA